AUGUAUUCCGCAGGGCUGUCUCUGGGCCUUGCCGCAGCGUGGCUUGCAGGAGUUUGCCAGGGCCGAGACACGACAUUAGCCAGCCAAUUCGUCUCAUCAUUACAACAUGGCGUCGCCUUCGAUGAGGUGGCAAUGCAAAGGCGUAAUCUCUCGACAGUCUUGGAUCAGAUACCCUCGUGCGCAAAACCAUGCAUUGAACAUGUCACAACCAAAGAGGCCUGCGCCGACGCAACCUGUCUCUGCAGCAACACCACGACGAGAAAUACGGUCGAGUCGUGCGUCCAGGCCGCGUGCACCAUGGCUGAGGGCAUCACCACCAUGAAUCAAACCCAGGCCACGUGCGACCUCCCGCCGCGCGACCGCGCCACCUCAUUCGACGUCACGUCCAUUACGCUCUGCGCCAUCACUGGCGUCAUGGUCUUUGCGAGGCUCAUCUUCAAAGUCUUUUACAGCUACACCGGCAAGCUCGGCCGCGACGACUGCUUCAUCAUCAUCUCCAUCUGCGUCGGCCUGCCCUGCACAAUCAUCAACAGCGUCGGCCUCACCCGCCACGGCCUCGGCAAGGACGUCUGGACCCUGACGCCCGACGUCAUCGAGACGUUUGGCCGCUACUUUUACGCCCAGCAGAUCCUCUACCUCUUCCUCGUCACCACCAUCAAGCUCAGCCUGCUCUUCUUCUACCUGAGCAUCUUUCCCGGCACCGGCGUCCGCGCCGUGCUCUGGCUGACCAUGGCCGUCACGGGCCUCUUUGGGCUGACCUUUAUGCUGCUGUCCGUGUUUCAGUGCAUGCCCGUCGCCUUUUACUGGAUGCGCUACGUCCAGCCCAUCGAGGGCCACUGCACGAGAAUCAACCUGCUGGGGUGGAUACACGGCGGCGUCAGCACCGCCAUUGACGUGUGGAUGAUUGGCAUCCCGCUGUUUCAGAUUCGCAAGCUGGAGCUGCACUGGAAGAAAAAGGUCGGUGCGACCAUCAUGUUCCUCACCGGCAGUUUUGUCACCGUCGUUUCAGCGCUGCGGCUACGAUCGCUCAUUUACUUUGCCAACUCCAUCAACCCGACCUGGGAUGAAUUGCCCUUGGCGCUAUGGUCCACUAUUGAAAUCAAUGUCGGUCUCAUGUGCGCCUGCUUGCCGACAUUGAGGCUCAUCCUGGUGCGGAUAUGGCCCCGCGUGUUUGGUAGCACGCUGCGCUCUGCGUCCGAGAGGUCCGCCGUGUCGCACGCCACAAACGCGUCUGCACGCAAAGCAAAGCUCCGCAUGACCAGCGUCGACACGGAAGAGUCGCCCAUCACUCCCCGUUUACAGGAGGCUGACACGGCAUAUGAGCUCGAGGCCAAAUACCCUACGUGGGAAGACCGCGAUGAUACCGAUAAUGCCGAAAACGUCCCGAUAGAGGACGCUUGCCAUGCUAGAUAG